AAAUUAUUUUCGUAAAAAAAUGGAUACAAGUGCAAAUAAUGACAAAAAACAUAAACGUAGAAAAUUUAAAACUAAAAAGCAAAAAAAAUUGGAACGUGUAAAUCGUACCGAUGAUCGUGAUACUAAUCCACGUAAAAAUUAUUCUGAAAUUAUUAAAAAGAAUGAAAAUUUUGAAGAUUAUUAUCGAAACCAAAAAAUCAUUGAAUCUGAUGAAGAAUUUGCUGAAUUUCUGAAAGUUCUAGCCGAGCCAUUACCAACAACAUUUCGAAUAUCAUCAUUUUGUCAGGGACAAGCCCAACGAAUGCGUGAUAUAAUUCAAAGUGAUUAUAUUAAAGAUUUUCAAUCUGGAAAUACUGAACUGAUUGAUGGUAAAAAAUUGGACAUUUCUCCUAUUCCAUGGUAUCCGAAUAAACUUGCAUGGACCAUAAAUCUUACCAAAACAGAGAUACGAAAAUCUCGUACAAUUAAUUUGCUUCAUAAAUUUUUAAUUUGUGAAACUGAAACCGGAGAUAUUAGUCGACAAGAAGCUGUAUCGAUGAUUCCACCACUAUUGUUAGAUAUCAAGCCUGGUCAAGCUGUUUUGGAUAUGUGUGCUGCUCCUGGAUCAAAAACGGCCCAAAUAAUUGAAAUGUUACAUCAAGAAUCUGGAUCUACUUUCAUUUCAGGUGAUUGUAAACAGAAUGAUGUCAAAUAUUUGGAUGGAUUAGUUGUCGCUAAUGAUGUGGAUAAUCGACGUUGUUAUAUGUUGGCUCAUCAGUCAAAACGUUUAUCCAGUUCUUGUGUGGUCAUCACGAAUCAUGAUGCAGCUAAUUUGCCUAAUUUUUAUAAAAAUGAUCCGGUAAAGGGAAAAACUGUCCUUAAAUUUGAUCGAGUUUUAGCUGAUGUACUUUGUUCAGGAGAUGGAACAUUCCGAAAAAAUUAUGAUGUUUGGACUAAAUGGAGCGCAGGAAAUGCUAACAAUUUGCACAAUAUUCAGAUAAAAAUUGCCAAACGGGGUUUAGAGCUUUUGGCCAAAGAUGGUAUCAUGGCUUAUUCGACAUGUAGUCUAAAUCCAGUAGAAAAUGAAGCUAUUGUCGCUGCAUUAUUGAACAUGGCCGAAGGAGAUUUAGAGUUAGUCGAUGCAUCAUCUUUUCUACCCGAACUAAAAUGUUAUCCUGGUAUCGAUAAUUGGAUUGUGAUGGAUAAGGACAAUCAUAUUGUUGCCAGUCCUAAAGAAGUUCCGGAAAAAUAUUUACCACAAAUUCGUAAAACACAUUUUCCACCAUCAAAUGCAGCCGAAUUAAAUUUGAAAUAUUGUAUGCGUAUUAUGCCACAUUAUCAGAAUACUGGAGGAUUUUUUAUUGCAUUAAUCCGAAAGAAAACGGAUAUAUUAUGUUGGGAAAAAGAAUCUGAAGGCAGCAGUGAAAAGAAAAAUGAAGAACAACAAACAAAUACUACUGAUGAUGAUAACAAUAAUAAUAAUAAUAAGAAAAAUAAUCUGGACAAAAAGAAUAAAUAUACAGGUUUUCGUGAAGAACCAUUUUAUUUUCUUGACGAAAACGAUGAAGAUUGGAUAGCAUUAAAAUCGUAUUUUAAAUUUCCUGUGGAAUUCACGGCCAAUCAAUUGGCGCACCGAUGUGUACAAGGUAAACGACGUAACAUUUAUUAUAUGACUGAAAAGGCUGCCGAUUUUAUUCGUAUGAAUAAAGACAUGAAAAUCAUCAGUGGCGGUGUACGUGUGUUUAAUCGUACCGACGUGAAUCAUGUUUGUCCAUACCGUAUUACACAGGAAGGAAUACCAUCAAUAUUUCCUUAUUUUAUAGCUAAUCUUGAAAGCUUUUUGCCAAAUAAUGAUGAAAAAUCUUUUACCAUUGUUGAAGUUGAAUUAGAUUUUUUCAUAGAAUUAUUGAAACGUCAAGAUAUAAAAGUUGAACAAUUAGAUCAACCAACACAGACAAUGUUAUCCGAAAUACCUUCAGGUUGUUUUAUUAUGUAUGUAAGAAUACGUCAAGAUUGGAAUAGUGAAAAAUCACCGAAAUUUAUAUUGCCUAUGUGUGUUUGGCGUGGUAAAAGUUUACUUCGUGCAUAUGUUGCUAAAAAUGAUCGUUCACAUUUACUUAGACUUUGUGGAUAUGAACCGAUUUCGGCUGACACAACAAUAGUCAAAGGUGAAAAUAAACGAUCAUUAGAUAUUGAUGAUGAUGAUGAUGAUGGUUGUAACAAUCAAAAAGAAUUCAAAAACGAUGAUGAUGACAAUAUCGGUAUGGAAAAAACGAAUGGUAAUAAUCAAAAUCAUUCAUGUGUAGAAAAACGUACGAAGUUAGAUUGCCAUGAUGAUGAUGAUGAUGAUGAUGGUGAUAAUAAUGGCUGUAAUAACAAAUUAUGAUU